CUCAACCUUCAAUUCCACAAAGUAUGCGGAGUUGCACAUGGGCAUUAUGGGUCGUCCUGAUGGCAGGUUGUUGCUGGCAAGGGUUCGCACAAGAGAGCGACCAUGAGGGAAAUGCGAGCGAAGAAGAGCUAAUCCAUGCCAAGUUGUACGCGGCGGUGGCUUCGGGUGUAACCAUCACCGUGCUCAUAUUCCUCUCCAUCAUCUUUGAAAGUGGCGCCGAAUGGCUGCGGGAAUCCACCGAGGAUACCAACAUGCCGUUCAUCAACACCAUCUUUAGCGAGCUCACGACGCUGGGGUUCAUUGGGUCUGUGCUGUUUGUCAUGUCCAAGUCGGGGUACCUCAGUCAGAUCUCCAAAGCCCUCUUUGGUCCGAACAAAGCAGCCGAGCUCGAAGAGACGAUCGAGUUGCUGCACAUGGCGCUGUUUCUGUUCAUUGUGAUCUUUCUCAUGUUAUGCCUCACAUUGCUCAAAUUUGGAGUCCAAGUCCAACACGAGUUCCGCGAGUUCGAACGGCGCGCUCCGUACGUUCAAGUGGUCGUGGCCGACUACUGCUUGGCCAGUGAGCCUGCCACGUCAUGGCGACAAUCGUUGAGCUGGUCGUGGCGUCGAGAACGAACCAAACGCAAACGCGAGAUGGUGUACGUGAGCCUGCGUCGUCGGUUCGUCGACUUUCGAUCAAAUCACCCGGACCCGAUACAAGCCCACGACCUGGCCAAGGACUUUCAACUUGAACGAGAUACGCGGUUUCCGUUCAACGAGUACUUGACCAUCAUCUCGGGCGACGUGAUGGCCAAACUGAUCCAAAUCGACGGCGUGACGUGGGUGGCGCUGGAGAUUUGCAUCAUGGUACUGCUUGCAACGUGCUGGGCCGUGGGUCCCGACAACGAAGUGUUUGUGUUUGGCGUCGCGGGCGGGCUCCUCGUGCUGCUCAAUCAGUUCGUGUACGGCCGCAUCCGACACAUGCGGAAGCAGCUCACGCCGCCCAUCCUAUUCCACAAAGCUGAGCGGUAUCGCGCCAACGGUGCAUGGCGAGCCCAGCACAACCUGCCUCCAUUAAGGUCUCCCCCACGAGCUUCGUCAGUGGCCGACGAGAAAGUUCCUCUCCUCUCACCCUCCGACGAGAAGACGUCGCUGGUCGACUUGUUUGUGCCUCCGUACGUGCACGAGUUGCCCCAAGGUGGCGUGCACCUGACCAUGUCGCAGCUCCAAGACGCGCAAAAGAAGCUGCUGGGCGGGGGCAACGGCGUUGUGCUCGCGCUGUUCUCGACGCGCCUUGUAUUCUUGUUCACGGCGCUGCACCUAAGUGUAUUUGUGUUGCGGACGCUGCCGCUGCUGGUGCACCGCACCGACUUGGACGCCGUCGCCAAAGCCCUUUGCGUCGCCGUGUCCAUCUUGCCCAGCUGCAUUGUCACGAGCAUGUCCAUCGUCAUUGCGCGGGAUGGACUGUACGCGUUCAACGUGGAAGCGUUGAAAGCUCCUCGGGUUAUGAACAAAGUGAUGCGUAUCGUCAAGGCGCGGCAGACGUUGCGGACGCUGCGAUUCAUUGCCGAAAUGAAAUUGUACUUGCAAGAGCACGACGAUCGAAACGUCGAGAUGGACAAGGCCACUACGAACAACCCAUCUAGUACCACUACUAAAAUCAUCAGUGAUGACACACCAUCGUCACCGGCGGCUUUGGCCCGAGGUGGUCCGUCGUCGUUGUGGGGCCGCAGCCAGCGGCGGCAGUUUAUGAUGAAGGACCUGCCGUCAUUCCACUUGGACGACAACCAACUGGACGUCCCGACGUGGCUGCUGAUGUCCCCCCGCACCCGCACGGCCGUGGAGGUGCCCAUGUCCCCAAUGUACGACCCGCCGCCGUUCCUUGAGUCCCAUCCAAUGGCCACGAAAGAGCACUAUGCAGCGGAAACCGAACGCCGAGAAAUCAACUCGAUCUUUUCGCUGAUCGACAAGGACAAGUCGGGCACGAUCUACACAGACGAGAUGGAAAGCUUCCUCCAGCAGAUCUCCCCCGACAUGACCACCGACCAGAUCCAGCGCAUCAUGGACGACCUGGACAAGCACAAGUCGGGCGGUGUUGCAUUUGACGACUUUGAAACGUGGUGUCGUACGCAUAUUCACAAACAUUCGUCCAAACACAACAAGCAAGAGUUGAUUCGAGAAGUGUUCAAGAUGAUCGAUACUGACAAGAGCGGGUAUAUUACUGUCGACGAAUUUAUUUCCAUUUUCAAAUCGUUGGGGCAGUCCCUCGAUCAUGAAGAUGUGCGUGAAUUAGUGUACCAAAUGGACCGGAACAACGACGGCAAGAUUGAUCUCGAAGAAUUCCGAAAAAUGCUGCACAAGCAUGCAGUAUAACAACGAAAAACGUAUGAUAAAUAUCUACCGGUGGUGGCGCCGCCUCAUUACUACUCGAGUGGAUAUACACAAUAAUAAAGCCAGUUGACUCUACUCCC